CGGCCUUAGUCUCUCCAGGCACUUCCGUCUCAGCUUCCAGUCCGCGCGGCCGCCGGAAGCCGAGGCCGCUUUCUUUGUCACGUGUCCCGCCGGCCGCCACGACAGCAGCAUGGCGCGCGCAGAGAUGCGGGCGGAGCUCGAGCAGCGGCUCGGCGCCCUCGGCGUCCGCACGGAGGUCGUGGAGCACCCCGAGGUGUUUACAGUUGAAGAAAUGAUGCCUCAUAUCCAGCAUUUGAAAGGAGCACAUAGUAAGAACUUAUUUCUUAAAGACAAAAAGAAAAAAAGCUAUUGGCUGGUGACAGUUCUUCAUGACAGACAAAUUAAUUUAAAUGAUCUUGCCAAGCAGUUAGGUGUUGGGAGUGGAAAUCUGCGAUUUGCUGAUGAAACAGCCAUGCUAGAAAAACUGAAAGUUGGUCAAGGCUGUGCCACACCCUUGGCACUCUUCUGUGAUAAUGGAGAUGUGAAAUUUGUUCUGGAUUCUGCUUUUUUGGAAGGUGGACAUGAAAAGGUGUAUUUUCAUCCAAUGACCAACGCUGCAACCAUGGGGUUGAGUCCUGAAGACUUUCUCACAUUUGUGAAGAAGACAGGACAUGAUCCCAUAAUACUAAAUUUUGAUAAAAACAACUAAUUGGGCUAAUGUUUACAAUAUAUUUAUUUCUGAAAACUGUUUUUCUUAUUUGUAAUUUAUAAAAAGCAUUAAAUUGAUGACUGUAUUUAGCACCUUGGUUUGGUGACUACCUAAAUCAUUUUAGGAGGAAUAUUUCAUCGUAAAGCAUCUGUUUUUAAAAAGAUGUACUGAGGUAGUUUUAGUAGCUCAGAGAUUCCACUUCCUCAUUCCCCAUGACAGUUACUCAUUAAGGAAUGCCUUCAACAAUUAAGAAUAAAUUAACAUCAAAACUAAGAUUA